UAUACCCCUGAAAAAAAAAACUUACUUUCUUUCAGUAUUACAAACGGAAAGCGGGUACUUUUUUGUCCAAAUUAAGACUAAGAGUAAGACUUUCCAUGUUUGAAAUGAAAAAUCGAAGAACACCUUUUCUCUUUUGACAUACUAUUUUUUUUAAGUUUCUUCAUACAAUCCAACACCUGUCCUACUUCCGGCCUACUUCUAAUUGUUUUAUCGUUUUUGCCAUAACGUCUUUGGUUUUUGCCCAAACGGCCCCGCCCCCAUUCCCAAACGACGAAGUCAAUUGAUCAGCUGUUUUCUGAGAGUGCAGUGAUCGAGUGACGUACAGCUGACCGUCGAGUCUCACAAAAACAUGGAAAUUCGUUUUGAAAACAAGAGGGCCCUUGUGACUGGUGCAGGAAAAGGAAUUGGCAGAGGAAUUGCAGUAGCACUAGCAAAAUGUGGAGCUUCAGUUACUGCUCUAACAAGAUCCCAGGCUGAUUUAGAUUCAUUGAAGAAGGAGGUGCCUGGUAUUGAGACAAUAUGCUUGGAUGUUCAUGACUGGGAUAAAACAAAUGAAGUGCUGUCACCCUUGCCUCCGUUUGAUCUCCUUGUUAACAGCGCUGGUGUAUCUAGUGGAGAAACAUGCCUUGAGGUGUCUGCCGAAGCCUAUGACAAUGUUAUGAUGAUAAAUCACCGAUCAAUCCUUCAAAUCACAAAGAUUAUAGCAAAAAGAAUGAUUGCAAAAGGAUGUGGUGGUUCAAUUGUAAACCUCUCUAGUAUCGCCAGUUUACAGGGACUUACAAACCAUGCUGUUUAUGCUUCAAGCAAAGGGGCUUUGGAUUCAUACACAAAGGUUGCUGCUUUAGAAUUUGCCAGACAUAAGAUCCGAGUGAACUGUGUGAAUCCAACCGUGGUACUUACACCAAUGUCCAGGAAGUACUGGUCUCAAGAGGAAAAGAAGGCUGCUAUGAUGAGCAGAAUACCUCUGGGUAGAUUCUUGGAAAUUGAAGAUGUGGUUGAUCCAGUUCUAUUCUUACUUAGUGACAAGAGUGCAAUGAUCAAUGGUAUCACGAUGCCGAUUGAUGGGGGUGCUUCAGCGACGUUAAUCUAGGGUAUGAAAUCAACUCUUUGAAUUCUGAAUGAAAACAUUCCAUGUUGGUAUAUAUAUGUUGGAGAGUAGUAUCAAUUAUUUCAUAGUAUUACAGCAAUUUCCUCUGAGAUUUUACCAAGGAAAAUUAAAGAAUGCAAUUUCUAUUUUUUGUCUCUUGAUGAUCUUUUGUUUGUAAUGAACAUAAUUCCUCAAAAAUGAAACAUACAUGUAUAUAGAUUAAUUAAUCAUAGUCAAAGUUUUAUUUCAUUUUUCAGAAGAUGUCAUUUCUAUACGACAAAGCACAAUGAAGAAGUGCUUGAUUAUUAUAAAUAAAUUGAUAUACUAAACACACGAUUUAUAAUGUAUGCCUAAUUUAAUUCUAAGGUAAUUGUGAAGUGCCUGAAAUUAUUUUAGAUCAUAUUAACUGGAAGAAUGCAUCAUGUGAUAAAUGGCAAGCAAUGUUUGUUUUUAAAACCAUUUGAUAUGUGUUAUAUGACCUUUUGUAUGGUUCAGAAACAUGGGCAAUCAAGAAGUCCUUUAAAGAAAGACUAGAUGGCACAUAUAAUUGACUUUUAAUGAGGGUACAAAAUAUUUGUUUGGAAAGAUCACAAAACAAAAGAUGAAAGUUAUGGUGAUCUUCCGCACUUAUCUCCACCUCUGUAAUUAAACAUAGUACGAGAUUUGUUGUUCUUUGUUUCCGUAGUGAGAAGGGAGUAAAUUCUGAAGGACAUAUGUUGCGUCGCCCUCAUAAAACCAGAGAACAGAGACCUUUGAAUUUUGUUGAUUAUAUGUAGGGAUACAAAUAGUUUGUUACAUUAUUUACCAACUCUCAUGUCAGAUCUCGAAGCCUGGCGUGCCAUUGUUGAUUCAUUCUUGGAUACGUUUGAUUUGUAGUGUAAUAUGUGUAUAGCUCACAUUCACCCUCAUGAUUAGUGAUAUUGUGACACGAUAAAAAACGCUGAAAUUGCUGGGUGCAAUUGAAAUCAAAUCUAUGACCAAAAUAAUCACCGCAAACAAUCCACUGUUACAAAAGACACAUUAUUAUUCAGACCCUUUGUUAGAACUACACCUUUGAUGAAGAAAUGAGUUUAUUUGUCUUCCUCCAUGGAGUGAAAUAGCACCCUCUUUUAAUGUGAAUGUGUUAAAUACUUGUAAGGACUCAAUUUUCUGGAGCUAUUAAGAAUGAAAUUAUUCUUACACAAAUAAAAUAUAGGUAGUGUAAGAAUUCUGCACCUCAGAAUAGGAAUGCUAUAUAUUAUUGAAGGGGGGGGGGGGCUGUAUUAUUUCAUCGACGAACUCUGUUUCAUUACGUUCCUACAACCAUAUAGGAAAUAGGUAUGUCUACUUACAGUACAAUAUGAAUUCCAAAGGGUCUCUUUUUGAAAUUUGAAUUACCCAUGAAAAUUAAUGAAAUAGAACUUUUUCAUAUCAAGCUCUAUGCCUUGAAAGAAAAUGCAAACUUUCCUUUAGGACCACUUAACACAAAUUUACUAUAGGAUAGAAAUGAAGUUUGCACAUUUGAGAAAAAAAAAGAAGUUAUUGGCCAGUUUAAUUGGCCUUUUUAAUUAUUGGUUAUAUUUUUCAACUUCAAAAUGAAUAUCAAAUUGACAGUGUUUUUUUACAGAUUAGUGGUUCAUAAGUCUAUGACCAUCACUGACCAUGAGCUAUUUUAUUUAUAUCAAUGCAAAUUGAUCUGCUUGCCAUUGAAAAAAAAACUGCAUGUAAUGUGGUUUUGCCUUUUUUUUUUUUAUAAUAUACUGUUUAAAUUUCAUGUGAAACAUGAAUCAUGUUUGAUUUUCUGUGAUUUUUACACCUACUCAGUGUUAUUAUGUAAAACAUGCAUUUUUGUGAUUUCCAACAUUCAUAAUUUGCAUUGUGUUUUCAGUCUUGUUAUGUGUAAUGUUUAUGUUUUACACAGGUCUGUAGACCUAACCCUUGCAAUUUUGAACUUGUGGUUGGAAAAAUAGAGCAGAUAUAUCAAUAGCUCUGAAUAGAAGAUACAUUCCUCUUUUGAUAUUCAUAUCGCUGUAUGUUAACAUUUGCAUUUGUGAUUCUUGACUUAUUUACACCCUUGGUUUUAUGUUUAUACAGACCCCCCUGAAAAAAAAAAACAAGUUAAACAAUACUAAACCAAACCAAUUAUUUUCUUUCCUACCUAAUUUUUGAUCUCAUGCAGUAUCAGAGAGAUAAUGUCAAGAAUUGAGAUAUUUACUGUGUAGAGUUUGCUGAUAGUUAUCAUUAUACUUUUGAAGGGUGUAGUUAUGUAAAGCUAAUAACAACUUUUGGUUUCUGUCUGGAAUAUCAGAAAAUCAAAGUAAUCAAAAGAUUGAAAUAAAUGCAGUGAUUGUGACAUUUUUCUUAUUAGAAUGGGGAAAGCAUGAACAAUUUGUUUAAGACAAAGACAUAUGUUGGUCUCAGUGAUGUUAUUCUACAAAUGUUAUUUUCAUAAUAAAAAUGAAAUGUAAUAAAUGAAAACUAAUCAAAAGACAAA